GAUCACAAUACCAUAUACUUAAUACGGCCGUAGAGCGUAGGGUUGGUAUAUAACAGCUAAGCAGUUCUGGCAUGGAUACAAUCAAUUUUAUUGUAUCCAAUAAAAUAAACAAGAAUUAAAUAGUGACAAGUGAAACCGCAGGAAAGUUUAAUAAGCAAAGGGUUCACCUACAUAUAAAUAUUAAGUGUAACCAUGACAACGUACGACAACGAUGAUAUCGCCGCCAUUGUCAUUGACAACGGAAGUGGAAUGUGCAAGGCGGGUUUCGCCGGCGACGAUGAACCCCGCGUCGUUUUUCCGGCCAUUGCAGGCCGUCCACGAUACGACAUCGCGAUUGCGGGAAUGGGAGACAAGGACACCUACAUCGGCGACGAGGCGCAGAACAAACGGGGAAUCCUCUCACUGCGGUACCCAGUGGAACACGGUGUCGUCACGAACUGGGACGACAUGGAGAAAAUCUUGCACCACACGUUUUACAACGAACUUCAAGUGUCUCCCGAGGAACGUAAGGUUCUUCUAACGGAAGCGCCGUUAAACCCGAAAAGGAACAGAGAAAGAAUGGCCAUGAUUAUGUUCGAGACCUUUAACGUGCCAGCCUUUUACGUAGGUAUUCAGGCGGUUUUGUCGCUUUACGCGUCCGGCCGCACGACGGGAGUUGUGUUCGAUUCCGGUGACGGUGUGUCCCAUGUUGUCCCGAUCUACGAAGGGUACGCGCUGCCGCACGCGGUCGAGCGGACGAAUCUCGCCGGAAGGGAUCUUACAAUAUACCUUGCAAGGAUCCUGAAAGAACGCGGGUUUAACUUUACAUCCUCCUCGGAAUUGGAAAUAGUAUGUGAUAUCAAGGAGAAACUGUGUUAUUGUGCAUUGGACUUUGAGAGUGAAAUGCAGUCUGCAGCUGUCACAUCAUCGGUUGACAAAAGCUACGAAUUGCCGGACGGAAAGGUCAUCACCAUUGGAAACGAGCGUUUACGGUGCGCGGAGACCAUGUUCCAGCCUCACUUCAUAGGACUGGAGAACUGUGGAGUACAUGAACUGCUCUACAACUCGGUGAGGAGGUGCGACAUAGACUUAAGAAAUGAUCUGUGGAACAACGUGGUCAUGUCCGGUGGGUCGACGAUGUUUCCCGGCAUCGCUGACCGGAUGAGGAAGGAGCUGAACAAGCUGGUACCAAGCGGAAGGAAAGUUAAGGUAAUCGCACCGCCGGAGCGGAAGAACUCAGUGUGGAUUGGAGGCUCUAUCCUGGCCUCUCUUACGUGUUACAAGGCCAUUUUUAUCUCUAAGCAGGAGUACGACGAGGUCGGACCGGAAAUCGUUCACCGGAAGUGCUUCUAGGUGUAAGACUGAGGUCCCUACUUGAGAAUGGCGUGAUUAAAGUUAAAGUUUUCUAAUAGUCUAUGUUGUUGCUCCGCUUAAACGCAAUUGUGAUGUAAAUCGUUUUGCUGGCACAGGUUGAAUUAUUCCUUAAAUGGUACUUAUUCUUUGAAAACGCAAACACGUGUUAUGGAACUGUUACUCAUACGACCAUUUUCAUAAAGACGUAGAUGGCACUUUCUAUACCUGGCAAGUUAAGGUUAAUAUAAUAGUGAUUAAAUAUUGAAAGAUGGAGCACAUUUAUACUGUGCCAAGGGGUUUAUUCUUUUCUUCUUUACAAAGAAACGUGAAUGGACAUAAAAAACGCCAUUAUUAUUACUAAUAACUAAUGUCUUUCAUUUUACAUGACGUUUUAUUAGAAUUUAGAUAGUGAGAGUUAGCGUUUUAUACAUGUUGUUAACAACUUUGUGUUAAUAAACGCAUACAGACAAAACAAUUAUUUUAUUGGAGUGAUCAAACACAAUAGUAGGCUUAUACCAAGAGAACAUCCACUUCGCACCGUCCACGUUAUUUCUUCUAUUUUUGCUGUUUAAAAAAGUUUCCAAAAACAACUUUCUUUUAGUCAGACGAUAUAUCAUAUAUAUAGUACAUGUAUGGUGCUCUACUUCCUGUAAAAAUGUGUAGUCCCAAUUGUGUAUCAUCGGAAUGAUAAUGAACCAUUUAUACAUUUGUAUAUUAUUUUAAACUGUACUGUACUGUACUGUACUGUACUGUACUGUACUGUACUGUACUGUACUGUACUGUACUGUACUGUACUGUGUUGUGCUGUGCUGUGCCAUGCUGUGUUGUGCUGUGCUGUGCUAUGCUGUGCUGUGCUAUGCUGUGCUGUGCUGCGCUAUGCUUUGCUGUGCUGCAAUGCACAGCACUGCAUUGCACUGCACUGCACUGCACUGCACUAUAUUAUAUUUUAUAUCAUCUUAAAAUAAUUAAAAUCGUAACUAGUCUAUCGUUUAAUUAAAUCGUACUUCCUUUUUGUAAACGCGGACUGUCAUCUAUCGAUUAUCGACUCGUGUCGAAUUGUGGAAAAAAUAUACUAGGUGGUAAGCGAUCCCUGCAAAUCAUUUAAUUCAAAGCUCUAAGUUUAACAUAUGUAUUACUAAUAUAGUUUUACAAUGCAUUACACAUAUAUUAUAACAGAUAAAAUUACACAGAUAGUUUAACAGUUAUAUGACACAUUUUACUGUAUAUGUAUACAAGAAAUAAAAUAAUGGUUAGGGGUUUUAGGCUCAUGGACCCUUUUAAGAUAUCCUGUUAAUUUUUAACAAUCGUUUAAAAAAAAUGUGCAUAUAUAAAUGAAAUCGAAUCUUAUAUAGUAAUGCUGUUAAACAUAUUUAGUAAACUUCAUAAUUAAAUUACGACUUUGAUAUCCAAUAUAAUAUCUUUAUAUAAAGAACAAAAACAGGUUAAUUAUUUAAAAUGAAGCUGAAUUUAUAAUGCAACCCCAAUAAAAGGUAAACAUAUGUCUUGAAAAGCAAACUACUUUUUUGUGGGCAAAGUAUCGAUUUACUAACAGAAAACGUUUAACACCACAUUUAAACAUUGCAUGCUGAUUUGAAUAGACCGUAAUCUCAGUGGGCAUCCAUAAAGGACAUCUCGAAGUAAAUUGCUACCUGUAAGUAAGAGGAACAGGCACCUCGAAGAUAUGAGCCAAAACUUUUGUGAAACUUCGAAAAGGGUAGUUUUAUUUAACUCAAAUUAGCAUGGUUUUAACAGCGAAAAGAAUGGUGUCUUAAAUAGAAAAGAAAAUGUUUCGAAUGAUAAAAGUUGUUUUUGCAUACACACAUAGCAACUAAUAAUUAAAAAAUUAGUACAAAAAGAACGUACUUUAUUGGCUUCAAGACAUUUAAUGUGUACUCGUCGGUUAUUUUUGUUGUUUAAAAACGUAUUGAUACGAGAAGUGUAAUUUUUCGAUGACAAAAAUAUUGAUGUUAAAUAUCAAUUUUAUAUAACACGAAUUUCAUUUUAGCAUCGACAAUUCAAAAGUAUAAUACACGUAUAAUCUUGGUAUUCCUCAACCAGCGAAUAGAAGGUAUGAUAAGCGGGCCCGGGCUUUCAGUGAACGUAAGGAGGCUGGUAUGUCUUGUUGUGAAUACUUUCUAAUAUACGAUAAAGAAAAGCAUUAACAGAAUUGUUUUUAAUAACUUGUUUAAAUAUUCAUUCAAUCAUUUUAUAAAUUUGAAGUAAAGUUGGAAUUUCGUUAAUGUUUAAAUUAUAAUAAAUCAUGUUGUGUAUCGAGUAAUAAAUAUAUUCAGAUAAA